AACAAUUCCGAUCCUUUUGAUAGAACGAAUUCAAAGAUACGCAAGAAAGAAUGGAAAAUGGUAGUGGGAACGUGUUAAAGCCGAUGGACUCUGAGCAACUGAGGGAGUAUGGACAUCGAAUGGUUGAUUUCAUUGCUGAUUAUUACAAAACCAUCGAAACUUUCCCUGUCCUUAGCCAAGUUCAGCCUGGUUAUCUUCACAACCUUUUGCCUGAUUCAGCACCUGACCAACCUGAAACGGUGGAACAAGUUCUUGAUGAUGUUAAGACGAAGAUAUUGCCUGGAAUAACGCAUUGGCAAAGCCCCACCUUCUAUGCUUAUUACCCUUCUAACAGCAGCGUUGCAGGGUUCUUGGGUGAGAUGUUGAGUGCUGGUCUUGGAAUUGUUGGUUUUAGUUGGGUCACUUCUCCAGCAGCCACUGAGCUCGAAAUGAUUGUUCUUGAUUGGCUUGCAAAACUGCUCAACCUGCCCGAGCAGUUUCUCUCCAAAGGAAAUGGAGGUGGGGUGAUCCAAGGGUCAGCUAGUGAAGCUAUUCUUGUUGUUAUGAUUGGUGCUCGCGAGAAGGUCUUAAGACGCGUUGGUAAGAACGCGCUUGGGAAGCUCGUUGUCUACUCCUCUGACCAGACACAUUCAGCUCUACAGAAAGCUUGCCAGAUAGCUGGAAUCCAUCCAGAGAAUUGCAGGGUGCUGAAGGCAGAUUCCUCUACAAAUUACGCUUUGCGUCCAGAAUUGCUUCAAGAAGCCGUUUCUAAGGAUAUUGAAGCUGGAUUGAUUCCAUUCUUCUUAUGUGGCAAUGUUGGGACCACUUCUUCAACAGCAGUUGAUCCAUUAGCUGCACUAGGAAAUAUCGCAAAGAGAAAUGAGAUAUGGUUUCACGUGGACGCAGCGUACGCUGGAAGUGCGUGUAUAUGUCCAGAGUAUAGACAGUACAUUGACGGAGUAGAAACUGCAGACUCUUUUAACAUGAAUGCUCACAAAUGGUUCCUCACUAAUUUUGAUUGUUCCCUACUUUGGGUCAAGGAUCAGUAUGUGCUCACUGAAGCUCUGUCAACAAAUCCAGAAUUUCUCAAAAACAAGGCCUCUCAGGCAAACUUGGUUGUUGAUUACAAAGAUUGGCAGAUCCCUCUCGGACGAAGAUUCAGAUCAUUGAAAUUAUGGAUGGUUUUAAGGCUCUAUGGAGCUGAGACCUUGAAGAGCUAUAUAAGAAACCAUAUCAAACUCGCUAAAGAUCUCGAACAACUUGUCUCUCAAGAUCCUAAUUUUGAGGUUGUGACUCCUCGGAUAUUUUCCCUCGUCUGUUUCCGUAUCUUACCUGUGGAUAACGAUGAAAAGGAGUGUAAUGACAGAAACAGAAACCUCCUAGACGCAGUGAACUCUUCUGGGAAACUGUUCCUUUCUCACACUGCUUUGUCGGGAAAAAUCGUACUACGUUGCGCCAUAGGAGCGCCACUGACGGAGGAGAGGCACGUGAAGGAGACAUGGAAGGUUAUCCAGGAAGAAGCUUCACGCUUGCUUGGCAAGUAAAUAAGAAGAAAAAAACUUUUAUGAUAAAACCUUAUGUUUUUGCCAACAAACCUAACUCAUGGUUUGGUUUGGUUUAAUUUGAUAAUAUAUAAAAUAAAAUAAACAUACCGAUGCUAGACAACUUGGAGUUGUGAACUUCGGUUUGAUUUCGGCAAAGGUACUCUUGUGUGAUUGUGUGCUUUUCUUUUACCAAUUGUGUGUAUUUUAUCUCUUUUUCCAGUUGUGUAUGUGGUUUUGUUGUGGUUAACUAUGUGUAACCAAUGACAACAAGCAUAUUGUAAGGCUGUAAGCAUAUAUAUAAAGAAAUCUAUUAAUC